GCCGCUGAGAGCAGCACUGGCUCGGGAACAACCGGAUCCAUAAGUAUAAGCACUCUUAUUUCCUCUCUGGCAAUACUUUCAAAAAAGUAAUGUCAGUACAACGGCCAUGGCAGAGUGGUUGCAAUCGAAAAUUGUUCGUUUUUGCGAACUAAAUAACGUAGAAGAAAAACAUAAUAUUUUAUCUGAUAUAAAAAUAAAAUUGGGAAGUUUAAACAAUAGAGAAACUGAACAGAUCUCUCGUAAUGUGGAUUUUAGUCUAUUGUUUGCUCAAUUAACCUCAAAUGACAGAGAAUUUGUAGAUCAAGUAUGUGACAUUUUGAAGGCAUUGUUUGGCAUUUUAGAACCUGGAGAAGUAUAUCAAAGAUAUUCAACAGAAAUAUCUCAGUUGAUAAUUCAUCCAGCUGAUGUAGUUAGGUCACUUGCGUUGCAUGAAAUUUCCUGCAUUGUUUCUAAUCCCCAAAAGUUACCUUUGCUGCUCAGAGAUGUCAAUUUACUGGUUGCUGUCAUAAAUAGGAUCGGAGAUGACAAUCUGGUGGUAGCUAAUUGUGCAAUGCGUAUAAUGAAAGAAAUUGGUAAAAAUCCAAAUGGAUUGCAAAUUCUAUAUACAGGUGAACUAUUAAGAAGUUUUGCUAGAUUGUUAGUAAAAAACGAUACUGUUAGUUUUCGUAUAUACGAAAUUGUUGUGGAUGUAGCAAAAUCUUCAAAGGAAGGUCUAGAAGCUUCUGUUCAAUCAGGAUUUUUAAAUAGUUUGUUCGAGGUGCUUGAAAACGAAGAUAUAUUGCUACAGAUAAAUGCAUUAGAAAUCUUGACAGAAUUGGCAUUAACAGAGGAAGGAUUAAAUUACUUAGAGCAACAAGAAGUCAUAAAAAAAUUUGUUCAAAAAAUAACACAGGCCAAUGAAAAUCCAUUGUCAAAUUUGUUGAUUCCUGGAUUAAUGAAAUUUUUUGGAAACGUUGCACGUUAUUGGCCUAACGAAAUAUUUUCAAAAUAUCCAAUUGUCGUCUCUGCAUUAUUUGAAGUAAUAGAGAGUGGUGAUCAAACUAUCCUUGGUGUUGCUUUAGACACAUUGGGUCAUAUUUCUAUGCGUGCGGAAGGUAAAUAUGCUCUGCAAGCUUUGGGAGAUGCAAUGCCGUGUGCAUUGAAAAAAAUUGCUGACAUAAUACAAAGAAUGCCUACAGCAUUAAGAAUUCGUGGGCUUAAUAACUUGGCUCUCAUACUUGAUGUACAAAAAACAGAACAAGACAACAGAAUUAUGUCACUGACAAAAUCAUGGUUUAACUCUAUGUGCGAUGAUCCUAUGGGUAUGAUUCUGGCAUUGUGUAGGCAACCAUUUGCAGAUAUUAGGCAAGCAAGUUUAGAGGUGAUGGCAGUUGUGGCAUCUCAAGUAUGGGGUCAAGAAUACAUGUCCUCUUACCCAGGUCUGGUUGAAUUUCUGUUGGACAGGAACGCCGAAUCAUUUAAAGAAUGUAAGGAAGCUAAAUACGCAAUUGUAAAACAGCUAGCCGAAGCUGAACAAAAUGUAUUCGAUGCAAAUAUAAUGCAAAGGUUCGCGGAGUUUGUAACUCAAGGACCGCAUUACGUCGAAGCCAAUACAGAAGUUGCGGUAGAAGGGGGUGUAUGAGUUAUAUUGUUUUCCUUUUUAUUAUUAUCCGUUAAGAGUGUUAAAAGUUAUUAACAUCUACCGAAAACAUUGUAUAAGAUGUGGAAUAACUUUUUUUAUGUAAACACAAAAGAUAUGCUAUUUAUUUUCUAUGUUAUAUCUACAAAUAAAAUAUAAUGGUACAUAAA